AAUUGGUAGUUUCAAUUUAGAUGCAAUUCAGUUCGGUGUUUGAUAAUCUGGCCCUCAGCUGAUUUCUCGGCUUCAAAUACAGCUAAAUAUUUUGUUAUACUUUGGAGUAACAAUCUGCAAUAUGUUCUUACAUUUAAUCUUUAAAAUAUAUGUAUGUUUUUCUCUAUGUUGUCCUGGCUGUUGGGGAAUCAGUUACUUUGUGUUGAAUAAAUCAAGAAGAUGCACAAAAGAAAGUGCGCCCUCCUCUAUGUAUCUCAGACAUUUUCUAGAAAACACAUAUGAUUGUUAGCACCUUUAAUCUACAAAGUACAUGUAUCCUCUUCUCUCAUUAGUUCAGAUGUAUUAUGGAGAUAACAUCUUCCUCUAUGACCAUGUUUUGGUUUGAUACAUGCAAAUUGCAGACAGAGCCAUGUGUGUAGCGCCACGGGCACGUGGAACACAAAUGUGGCAUUCAGUUCGUGGACCACUGGCACGCAGACUCCAGAUUGUUGAUCCCAUCAUCCAUGUCAAUGUUGCCCUGCGGCAGGGCAUAGAUGGUUCAGCUUUAGGCCAGAGCUGCAAAGGCCUCUCUACUCCUGAAACUCCAAAGCAGGCUCAAGGUCCUGGUGAGACUUCAACUCUGCCGCCGCCCAUGGUUCUCACGCCACAAAGUACAUCAUCAUCAGCAUCCGCUAUCAAUGAGACUGGCUCCGAUGCCACUGAAGGAAUAAAGCGCAAGAAUAUUGGUGCUAGUCAGAACCCAACGUCGAAGAAGGGGUUGUAUUUCUCGGAUAAUGACUAGGUUACACAUGUUCGUGUGCUUAAUAUAUGAGUCGCAUGGGAUGUGAAGUGUAAGAUGCUACCGUUUCUGCUGUAUGCAAGCUGCUUUUUGGCUGGUGUGUGCAGCCAGGAAGCUUUGUUAUGGGCCCCGUUUUCUGUUGUUUAAGGCCCAUACAGUGUGUCGGCUACACUCAUUUUCACCAACUGGUAGCCAUUGCUCACAAGCGCUUCUUGCGAUGACCUGCAUUGGUCUACAGCCGCUGUGUUAGCAUAGUGACCGGAUAUGAGCACAAAUUACUCAAAAGGUGCGAUCUCUAAGAGGGGAGCACUUAGUCGUAGUGGUACCAUGUGAUCUGUUUGCUUUUGGACACUGUGUGCCAAUGAUGUAUAUGCAUUUUUCAACUCAAGCACAUUAUGGUCUUCAAUAUAUUUACUUUGCUGA